CCCGGAAGGUAAACCCACGGUUGCCAGGCAACGCGAGGACGCCGCGGGAGUGCGUCACGCAGGUCGGCGCGCGUGGAUUUCCCCUCUCGCGAGAUCAACUUGCUGCUGGUGCUGUGUCACUUGAUGUCUUCGCAAGCUGGGGUCGAUGGGCGGCGAGGAGAUUGCAGCUUCCCCGAGCCGCUGCCUGGGCCCCCGGCUACGGCCGAGGAAUUCCUUCGACCCCAAAAGCUGGAGAACUGGCCUCGUGCGGUCACGUGGGACACGGCUCUUCGGCUGGACAGUCCGUUUGGCAUGGAGGAGGACAGCGCGGACGAGAACCUUCGUGCCGCUGCACCCUUGGACUUGGUCCCCCUGGAGCGGCUCGAGGAGAGGGCGAGUCGCCUGGCCUGCGAGCUGCGCCUCUUAGUCGACAAGGUCCUGCUGCACUCGACGGAAGACCAGCAGCAGCAGCGGCGGUGGCCCAAAACCCAAGACGCCGCAGCGUGCGGAGUUGGCACUUUUAUUGCACAGACAGAUGAAUGUGAUGAUGUUUGGUCUCACAAGGACAACGAACUUACUCGAAUACAGGACUGCAGCUUACCUGAAUUUCUAGGUUCUGAUGCGGUGGCUGAUCUGCCACAGAGUCUGGAUCUUGGACACUUGUUGGAGAAUUGCUUUGAUGCACAAGCAUUUCAGCCCCGUCGGCAUUGGAAACAACUUUUCACGUCGGGGUCUUCGCUUGCCAUCGUUCGGGAUACCUUUUGGUGGAUUUUUCUCAGCCGUUACAAGGGUGGUGCCAAUCAAGAGCUCGAGGACCAUUUGUAUGACAGAGUAGCGAAGAGCUUUGUGUCCCUGCUCCUAAGUACUCCGCCGCACAACAUUAAUAAUAAGGAUAAGUUCUUGCAGGCGUAUGUGGAGUGGCUGGCUCAGGUGCUUUAUGGUGCAUUUGUCAAGGCAUUUCCUGCCUCCCGCCUCCAGUUUGGGGAUGACUUUAAAGCUGAGCUUGCCAACCUCACCUCACUCUGGAUUUGCGGAAUUCAAGCCAAGCCACUGUCGUGGAAGACAUGGGACCUGUCUUGGCUUGGAGAAUCUCUGAAAACGGCACAGAAAACCCCUACAGGUGAAAGGCAACGAGCAGAUGCGGUCUUGGAAAUCAGCCAUCUGCAUGACAACUCAAAACCAACAGUGGGCACCCUACCUCGGUUUGAUGUGGAGGCGGCGCGAGCAGACGCAGCUCGUUCUGGCGCGCCGCGGGGCUGGGGUGACCCCCGGGAGCUGCCGUCGCACGCAGAGGCCCGCGUGGCUUCAGCCGACACCAGAGAGUCACAUUUGGUAGGACCGGGCCAGUCCUAUCGGCGCGUGCCGUUUAAUGUGCGUGGCCAAAGCCCCCUGGUCGCCCACGUCCUCCAGUCAUGCCACCUCGCUGCAGGACGUGCACGGAGAUCGCGGGGACAGACGAGAAUAGGAUCUGCGCGCAGGAGGAAAAGCAAGGCGACAAUUGAGGCGAGCGAGGGCACCCGGGUGGCAUGGAGGCCUCCCGUGCGCCACCCAGGAGCACAGAGGCCAGCCCUCGGCGAGAUGCUCGCAACGCUGGAAGUAAAUUUGGGAGCUCCGCAAUCGAUGUGGUUUUUUUUUUGGUGGCGGCUGUUGAAAAUCGCUUUAGACGUGACGAAAAACAACACACGAGCAAGUGGGCAACACAAUGUUAUAUUUUUUUCUACGUGAUUUUUAUUCGGUGUAUUAAUUUGUGAAACUCAUGGAAAGCAAUCAUGACAUCGCAGAGAAUACACAAAUCGUAUCCUCCCCAAUGUAGAGAUGACAUUUAAAUUAUUGAUGUUAUUUUUAAAUGUCAAAUCACUAGUUGCGAACUAUUUAUACAAAUAUGAUUUGUGCAUAAGAAUAUUAAAAACCGUUACCCCUUUCUAAAAAUAUAAGUAUGUAUACACCAAAAUCCUCUGCAUGAAGGUAACACAUACCACAGUAUUACAUUCAUUAAAGCGAUUACAACAAUCAUUACACUGUUUCACGUUUCCCAGGCCUUUAAUCAUCCUUUAAUCUCAAUCGCUGUCCCCAUUCAGCCAGUUUGUAAAGACACACAAAGAGGUAGUUCAGAGAUUGGGUGACUCAGAGGGAUAGGGAGAGAGAAGUUAAAGAGUGGGACGACCAGGAGCUCACCCCCAAAGCCACCCACCUACUCUCCAUUGGCCUCGGCGUUUUUAUACCCACGACUGUCGGGCCGGGCUACCUGCCGUGUCCAACCACGUCCAAAGCAUACAGGUCUCUCUCCCCCCCCCCCCCCACCAACGUCCGCCAAGUCCCUGAUCUUAAAUUACACACAACAAGGAUUCGGGUUUCCCCUACGUCUGAUCUGGCAGCAGGGGCCCUGCGUUUUCCCAUGAACUCUGCACCCAGAGCCGGAGGUAGGAGAGGGGGGGGGGGGGCUUCAUGUGACAGGACUGCAGCAUCGCUGAAAACGCUCUAAUUUUACCGUCCAAACCGCUAUACUGGGCGCGUAUAUACAACACGCGUGACAUGUGACCGCCCUGCCGCUCUGAAAAGCGCCGGGGCAAAAAAUGAAACAAAAAAAAGUCGUAAUGCUUGCUAAUUUCUCGCAGUAAAGUAUUGAUUUCUCAACAA